GACGACUGGAUUCCGCUUUCCUGUUGAAAGCGGCUUUUGUUUUCUUGCUCUACUCGUGCGGUCGUGCCUGGUGCCAGAUGGGCCGCGACAUUUUCGGCUGCACCUGGUGGGCUCGGUCGCGUCUCUUCUCUCCUUCGGUUCCGCCCGGCUCGCAGAAGCCAUCGAGGUUGACCCGACCGAAAGCCAAGUGGUGCCACCGCCUGACCUCCCCCCUCCCUCCACCGCGCGACGACGACGGGAACCCGCCGCCAUCUCCAGCCCCAGCCCCCCUCCGCGCCACGAUGGCCGAGAUUGAGAUAAAAACAGCACCUGCGGACUUCCGUUUCCCUACGACAAACCAGACAAGGCAUUGUUUUACUCGCUACGUUGAGUACCACAGGUGUGUGAACGCCAAAGGGGACGAUGCUGGUGACUGUGACAAAUUCGCCAAGUACUACAGGUCCCUUUGCCCUGGAGAAUGGGUGAGUGCAUUCUCCUUUGCAGCUUCCAUUGUUAACUACUCUCCUGGGGAAUACGAUGGACAUUGGAAUGAUAAAAGCGAAUUAGUUAUUGUUGGUGCCUCAAUGGAAUGUCAUUAUAGCAUAACAUGUGCUGUUUCUUGAUGACGGAGGAUGAAAGUAUCUGUGCCAGCUAAACAACAUUUUACCUCAAAAUUAGUUUAGGAAGGAUAGUAUUUACUUAAUUACUUCACCUUCUUGUACUGAAGCUUUUAUGUAAUAUUCGUCAGAGAGUUACUAUUGUUUUUGUUACUGCUGGUCAAUCCUUCAAUUGGCACAUCAGAUAUGUUAUAGUUACCUUUCAGAAGAUAGCAUAGAUUUGAGUUCUCCAUAGAUUUGCCCCCACACUUAGGCCAUACUGAAGCAUUCAUACUUUGUCCAUGUUGGAAGCCAGUUUAUAUGAUACUAUAUACAUACUGAAUAUCAGAAUGUUUUAAACA